AUGGGACUUGAUGUCAUCUACUGCUGCUGCAAGUUCCAGGCUUCCUUGAUCCUCAACUGGCAGAUCUCAUCUGAGGCAGAUGUAAAAUCAUUAAAGAAAAGGAUUCUUGUCUUCACAGCAUUCAAGCACCUGAAGGAGAAGCUGGCAUACAUCCCUGAGUCAUCACAACAUGAUGCACUUGUGUUUGAUCAGAUGUCCCAAUUGCUCUUGUCGCUUCAGAAAUCUGAGCUGCAAUUAUUUGAGCUUGUUGAUUUGGAGAAAUCAUGUUUUCUGAACCUUGAUGAGGAACUCACUUCCCCACUCUUGUUGGAGGAGAUGAGGAGAUUCGUGCGAGCGCAGAGCUUCAAAAUCCAGGACUUCAGAAUUCUGUCCACCAUGACAUUGUGGACAAUAAAAGAACCAGUGCCAGGAGAUGCAAUGGAUGUCACCGACUAA